GGCGUUAGGCAAAAAGCAUGAUCGUAAUGGCUGCUCACAUUUGUGACUGAAUCGACACAAACACGAAGUUAAGAAGUUAUGAUAAUUGAUAUGAAUGCUGGAGUAAGGAACCUGUCGGGUGAAAAACAGACUCGUGGGCAUCUGUGAGUGGUGAACACCCGUCAGCUCCAAUGGGCUGCCUUCCCCAAGCCCGCUGCAGAUGGUGGCGUUAUGUCGUCCCGUUCCUGUUCUUUGUUAAUUUCUUCCUGUGCCCGGGGCUUCUCUUCAACUACAGCAUUCUGUUUGUGAGUCUGCAAGACGAAUUCCAAUCCGGUUCAACACUGACAGGAUGGUUGGGAUCUCUGUCCAUUGCUUUGCUGUGUCUCCUCAGCCCAGUCAGCAAUCUGCUCCACCCAAAGCUGAGCCGACGAGCGGUCGCCCUGGUUGGGAUGACCGUCUAUUGCGCAGGACUGUUCUUGACGUCGUUGGUGCCUGCCCUGGGCUACGCCUUUGUGACAUAUGGAGUCCUGACGGGAGUGGGCGGUAACCUCGUCGUCAGCGCAUCGAUAGGAAUGACGCUGGACUGGUUUGUUACGGGAAACUAUUCCCGGGCUGCCGCCAUUGGUUUCACAGGAUCGACGUGUGGCAUGCUUAGCUUCAGCCCUUUGCUGACAGCUGCCAUCACCCGUUAUGGCUGGCGCGGGGCGCUGAGGCUAUUUAGCGGUGGGAUACUCGCGGUUGGCACACUGACUGGAUUGCUCUUCGCUGAACCGCCCACUGCUGAGGCUGAGGGUCAGAACGACAGCGUCGUUAAAGACACCUCUCAAGACCACAAAAACAGCGCCGACACCGAAGUGGCGAUGCAGCAGAUACGCGCAGGUGGUAUGGAAGAGAGUGGGUACAGUGAAGUACAGGGAACAGAGUCAACAGACCCUGACCCUCUGGACCUUCACGAUGACGACAAAGACCAGGGUGAGGUUGAUAAAACCGAGGCGACAGAAGCUGACGACACCUCUGCCCCACGGGAGGAACCCGUGUACGUGGACACUGCGAUCAGCUAUGGAUAUCUGGCCAUGAUGAAGGACCCAGAGCAAUGGCUUUGGAGCAUUGGGAACCUUCUGGCCUUUCUGGGCGUGACAUUCUUCAAUAUCAAUUUUGCUAGUUUCUUGGACGGUCUCCAUUUCGAUGACAACCAGAUAGCCUCGUCCAUUGUGAUUUUUGCUAGCGGGGAACUCGGUGGCAAAGUCCUGAUAUCUGUGGUGGGCGACUGGCUGCCCUUCUCCUAUCUGUAUGUGCUCGCCGGAUCAACCCUCUUAUGCACCGUAACACUCGGCUUACUCUCUAUCGCUAAGACAUAUACAGCAAUAGCAGUCCUUGCUGUAGUUUCAGGCUUCUUGCGUGCUGGUGUGUAUAGUACGUCCCUGGUAGUCGCUACAGAAUUGUUCCACAAGACCUACGGAACAAGCGGCAGCCUGACCCUGUUCAUGUUUCCGGUGGGUGUUGGAACCCUUGCUAGUGGACUUCUAUCAGGCAUCUUGUACGACAUAUCGGGUGAUUACGUCCUCAGUCUGAUCGUCAUUGCCGCCAUCUUUCUCUGCGGCUCGACCGCCUUGUUGGCCAUUCCACUACGCAGAAGGAUUCGAUCACGUGGUCUGUGUACGCACGAAACACAUUCCAUCCAAGGAUAAAAUCGUCGUGUGACAAGGAAAAGGACGUUAGCAGGCCAGGCACACAAAAAGCACUUUUGGAGAUAAUCGAGUUGAAAGUUUUUGUGCUGCCAUUUCUUGAUUAAAAAUCACAUAAGGUUGAAAUUUUGACUGAUGACAUUCGUUAAUAAUUACAAUAAUAUUGUAAAUUUUUAUGUCAAAAAAUUACUUAAGUUAUUUCAAUUUUCAUGCUAACGUCCUUUUACCGUGAACUUCCCAAGCCUUAAACGUACGUUUUUAAAGCAGCAUGUUAAAUCCUUACGUCCUUUUGCCGGGAACAAAAUUGGCUUUGCGUACCCACUUGAGUGGGAAGUUAGCUCGCUUCGAACAUUUUUUGUUACAUUAGUAUUACACGUUAACGUCCUUUUGCCGGGCACAAAUAAUGAAAACUGCCCUCCGUCUUUUGUUUACUGUUAAUUACUACAGAAUACGUAGCCCCUUGAAACAGUAUGUUUAUCAAAUGAAAAAUAUUUCCAAGCUCUAUCGAUUAUCCGAAAAAUCUGACUUUGACCUUUUGACCCAUUUUUUGCCCUUACGACCUUCUUCCAGGCACCCGACGAAAUAUACUCUCAAGGUCUAGCAAAUUUCAGCAGAUAUGUGUCCUAAUGUAAUUCUGGAAAAAGAAAAAUUUCCUUUGGGGAUAAUUUUGUUUGCAGGAUGAAGCUUCAAAUAUUGAGAAAUAAAUAAAAGUCUAUUAAAAAUGCUUCGGACUGCAGUGACCUCAAAUCUGGCAUAUGACCCAACCAUACGAAGCGAUUUCUAAUUAGUCACAAAGCUACAUUUGAGAUACAGGCCUUUGUAAAAAUGUCACACAUUUUUUAUCCACAUAUUGUCCAACUUCAAUGGAAUGUCGAAGUGUGUGAUAUUAUUACAUUGAAGAGCCAAGUUUACUCUUCUAAGUGUGGCCUACAUGUUGAAAUGAAUAAGUGAACAAAAAUGUCCUUAAACUCAGGUUUUGAGCUAAGCACCAGUGUGUUGUACAUUUUGUAUACAAAUAAAUCGUGACUAUUUAUUUUGACAAAAUAUUAUAUAUACAGGUAGUAUAGAAUAAUUUCAGGGUGUUUUUUUCCUAGGGUGUGUGUGCAAAUUGAAAUAAAUGACUGAAAAAGCAUUAAACAAUA